GCGUAUUCUUCUUCGCUGAGAGCGUGUGCUGUGCCGUGAAAGUUUUAGUCCGUUUUUGAGACGCAUUUUUCGCUGCAGAUCCAGCAAUUUCCACUUUAUUCACAUAGUCCAGGUGUUUUCCAACAAAUUAGACAAAAAUGGGUGAUGAGAAAAAGGACAACAAGCUGGGAGAGUCUGAGCACAUUAACUUGAAAGUACUCGGACAGGAUAACGCCGUUGUGCAGUUUAAGAUCAAGAAACAUACACCCCUGAGGAAGCUGAUGAAUGCUUACUGCGAUAGGGCGGGCCUGUCCAUGCAAGUCGUCCGAUUCCGCUUCGAUGGACAACCCAUCAAUGAGAACGAUACCCCAAAUACCCUGGAGAUGGAGGAGGGCGACACAAUUGAGGUGUACCAACAGCAGACAGGUGGCACCAACUAACUCCCUGACGUCGGGGGUAUACAGACGAAUCGCUAUUAAUUUUAUUGAUAAAAAUACAUCUCAUAUAAGAUCAGCAGGAUAAUUCGAGCGUGGGUGAACUUUUUUUUUGCUCUUUUCAUUUUGAUUCAAACUUAAGAAGAAAAAAAAAACAAACAAAAAAUGAACAUUCCCAUCGAAGAGGGAUCUUUUGUAAGAAGAGCGUUAAAUAAUGGAAUUUCUUGGAGUGUGAGGGGAAUGAUAUGACUUCCUGUCUUAAGAUUAAUUUAAUUUUUUUUUCAUUCAAAUAAAUAGAGAACUUUUUUUUUAAAACAAUAAUUCACCAAAAUAUUGGCAGUGUAGCGAAUUUACUUGCAGCUGACUCAUCGGCACCGAUUCACAUUCGGAUCUAUUGCAGAAGUUAAUCGGGCGCCUGUAGUGUCGCCUGCAAAUUGUAUUUCUUUUCCUGAACUUCAAAUAAAUGGAUUCAAGAGUAAACUGAA